UAAAUGAGGCUUCUCUUCUUUUUUAUCUUGGUGCACAUGCACUAAACGCUCGCCAACUGCUCAGACCCCAUCUCUCUCGAUCUGAAAAAGGAAAGAAAAAACAAAAUCCAGGAGAAUGAUCCAAGUGCUAUUCAGUGUGAUAUUCGCCGAAAUGGCGUUAAUCGUGUUGUUCGUAUUCAAGACGCCGUUGAGGAAGGUGGUAAUAAUGGGCCUGGAUCGUAUUAAGAGAGGCCGCGGCCCAAUUGUCGUCAAAACCAUCGGCGGAACCAUCUUCAUGGUCAUGCUGUCAACCAUCUACAGUGUGGUGUCGAUCCGCAAACGCUGGAUCGAUGAAGAUGGCAAUAUUACCCCUACUGAUCAGAUUCUUAUGGCUCAACAUCUUCUAGAAGCUUCUCUCAUGGGUUUUUCCCUAUUCCUUGCUCUGAUGGUUGACAGACUGCACCACUAUAUAAGAGAACUUCGUAUGAGGAGAAAGAGCAUGGAAGCUGUGAAUAAGCAAAACAGAGGCUUUGAGGAUGGGAAGAACGGAGCUUCUGACGAUAUGAAGUCUUUGGAGGAAGAGGCUAGUGCAUUGCGUUUAAAAAUAAAGAAGUUGGAGUUAUGUCUGGAGGAAAAGGCUAGAGAAACAAGCGAUGCAGAAGCCAAUUCAGUUGCUCUUAAAAAGCAAUCAGAAAACUUUCGUCUUGAAAAUGAUUACUUACUUGAGGAUAACCAGAAUCUCCGCGCUCAAUUGCAAGCACUGGAUCAGAGAUUGUCAUCUGAUAGCAAAAAGGAUUGAUAAGGAAUCUCGUCUCACAUGUCGUCCCUACUCAUCAUUGUGAAGUUGUCUAUUAUGAUUUUCUUUCAAUAGCUUAGAAUUAUUCGUGCUCAAAAUCCAUAUUUUUGUUAUAGGAAAUUAUGAGUUACCAUAAAUUUUUGUUAUUUCACUCCGGACUAGGCUCUAUGGAGGUCUUCAAAUAUUUGUCCUAAAAAGCUGCAUUGACGGAUGGAGUCUUUCCUCAUUUAGUUUACUAAGCCUUCUGAAAGUACAACUUGUCUAUAUCUGCUGUUCUUGCCAAAUUCAUCUGUCAAGACGGCUUUCUAAAAAGUACUUUGUAGUUUCAAUUUUGAUAUCCUAAUACUGUCUUGAAGUGCAAUUGAUUUUCAAGGAAA